GCUACCAAGAUAACAAUACCACACCACAACAACCUAGGUGAAAGACCUCCUACAAAAUAGACUUGUUCAUCGCUUGUGCUCUUCUAUUGAUCGAACCUUGGAGUUGCUAAGGAUUUAAAUAAAGAUUUAGAAUUUGACUUUAGAGAUUUUGUAGACCAAGCACCUCUUGCGGUGAUCAGAUGUAAAGUACAUCUAUGUAUUUUCAGGAUGGUAAAACUACAUAUCUUAACAUUGUAGCGAUCAAAUGCGCAGAAUGGGGGCGCAUGCGGUUUUUAUUUUUUUUGUUUAACCAGCAAAAGGUUGAUAUGAUAUCUAUAGGAAACAUGUAAAUGUGUAAAAGCUCUAUUCAGCUUUUCAUUAGGCAGAGUUGCUACGUAUAUGGAUCAUGUCCAAUUAAUUUGCUUUAUCAUGAUUACAAAGUAAAUUCAACACAGGAUUCAGUUAAGAUAUCUUUUGGAUUUGAUGUGCUUAGCUACUAAACAGGGUUCAGCACAAGGAACCAUUUGAUUGGUACAUAUCAACCCUUUGUGUAUAUUACACGGAGUAUGUUCAAUGUAUGUUACAUUCGAGGUGCUAGGAUUUCCUUGUAUCUCAAAAGAUGAAAAAAGGGUUUACAGCUUUACAUCCGGUCUAACUCGGCUUACUUCCUUGUUACAGUCGAAGAGAACAAAUGCUUGAGUCUGUUGGAUACGGAGUACUUUGUUUAAACUUUAAACUAUACCAUCAAACUUUAUACCAUCAAACUUUAAAUUACUGAGUAUGAUGAUACUGUAAUUUAUAAAAUUACCAAAAUUCAUCCACAUUUCCAAGUAUGUAUAGCUCCCACAUGAAGUUAAAAACAACAAACAUGUACCCAACUCACUUACUCGGUUAAUGUAGUAACAGUCAGUACUAUUUUUUUUUAUUUUUUUUUACUGUGUCUGCAAUUUCAGGUUUGGAAGCACUAAACCCAUAAACUUUCUCGGGCUUAUCUUUUUUAUAGACUGUUUUGUUUUCUUGACACUUUGACUGCUUAUCACCAUUACCCAACAUCUCCUUGGAAAUUUACCCCCACCCUUUCCUCUUCCUCUUCCCCUCCCUUCUUCCUUAGUUAAAAACAGAGCAAAUUAAUCAGAGCAUAAAAAAAAAAAAAGAAGCUUCCCGUCUUUUACUCCUAGAAACUUCUCCAAAAAAAAGAAUUAGUAUAGUAAAUAAUAAUAAAGUACCUAAAUGGGUGAAAAUGGAGGAAUUGGUGGAGGAAUUGAUCUUCCAGGUGGGAGUUUUUCAAGGUUGCUUUUGUCAUCAGAUGAUGUUGAAGAAAAGUGCUUUUCUGUGGAUUCCUCUGUUUUUCCUACCCCUUUGUUUUCUUCUAAUACCCCAAAUAUGCUCUGUUUUGGUGAUUUUAUCUCUAAAAAUACACCAUUAUUUACUCUUACUGGUGGCAAUAUUACUAACCUCACUACCAGUACCACCCACUCCAAUAAGAGGAGAAAUGAACCGGGUAAAGAAUUCGGGCAUGGGGAUGGAAAUGGUCAGAAUCAGAAGAAUGGGGUGAAGAAGAAUAAGUCAGAAAUGGGGCCCAUUGUUACUUCUUCACCCGGGCAUGCAAAGAACAAAAAACAGGGGAGGAGAGAGAAUCUUGGAGAGAGGAUCACUGUAUUGCAGCAGCUUGUAUCUCCCUAUGGCAAGACAGAUACAUCUUCAGUGUUACAUGAAGCAAUGGGAUACAUACGGUUCCUACACGACCAAGUGAAGGUGCUCUCUACACCCUACUUGAAUUCAAAGUGUUCACCAUCUUCGUCGUCUCCUCAUCACACCAUUACUGUAAAGGGGGAACUUGUGGAGGAUUCUCAUUCAACAGAGGGUCUAAGGAGCAGGGGACUGUGUUUGGUUCCGUUAGAAUGCAUCCUCCACGUAGCGAGUACCAACGGUGCUGAUUUCUGGUCAUCUGCUACUGUAACUUCACCCGCCCCAUGAACUCGAUCUAUCAGUCUUCCAAGUAAUUACUUUUGUUUUCUUAAUUAAAUUAGCUAACAAUGAACAAGAAGAAGAAGAAGAAAUGUAAAGUUUUUGCACAUAAAGCACAAGAAGAAUGCUGUCUUCUUUUGCCUAAUCAAAGGGGUGGGUUUCAACUUUAAUGUAUCUAAUUUUAAGUUGCGAAAGGUAUAUAGGGAAAUAGAUUGCUACAAUCUGUAUUUUGAAUUUCCAUUAAUUUUAGGGCCCGUUCGGUAUCA